UGGAAGCUUAAAGCCCUUGUUAGCGGAUUAGCUGACAGCUUGUUAGCCCUUUAGUUCUUUGUGCUCAAACAGCUUUCAGCAUGUCAGGACAACAAAACAGCGAUAAUCCCGAGACUCUGUUCCUAUUUGAGCUUUUAGUGGAAUAUAUUCGAAUAGAGAAACAUUGUGAAGUUUCCAGCGAGUUGGCCGUAGGAGUAAGACUCCUGGAUUUUCCAACGCUGCUAAUUUAUCAGCAACAGCAGCAGCAGAGCGGGGGGAGCAGUAACCAGCCCGGGUACAACGAGAAGAAGAAGUCGGGAAUGUACGCCUUUAACAGAGGAAAGUGCUGUUUCUUCAAAAUGAGCUUGAACUCACUGCACGUCCAUCUGUCCAACAUCCCGUUGUAUGCUAUGGUUCUGGAUGUAACAGAGGAGACUCCUAAGUUAGCCGGUUCCUCUCUGAUAUCGCUGGCUAAAGCGAUGGACAGAAUCACGCAAGACAUGACUGAACGUGGAGUUUCUAGUCCCUCCUCUCACAGAGAAAGGGGGCUUGUUGUCGCUAUAUGCAACCUCGUGGGGGAGAAAAUCGGAGCAAUGUCCCUGAGUUAUAAACUGUUAUGUCUGGGAGCGAGUCUGCUGCCACACAUCACAGAGAGGUCGAGAGUGCCCGGAGGCCAGCCAGCACAAGAACAUGUCAAGGAGACAAAUAAGUCUACAUCACAGCCUCUUGACUCUGGAAAUGUCUGUUCACCCACCCCGGAGUGUAGCGGAAAAGCCGAAAGCGAGGAAGAGGCACAAGUCUUGUUAAGUAAGGAUAGGAAGGAGGAAGAAGAAGAUGAUGAUGAUGGUGUGUUUGCUGCUGCUAAACAGGCACCACACGACCAAAGUGAAAAUGAUUUUGAAGAGGAUUUAACUGUGUUCUAUCCUCCGCAUCUUUUCUAUUCUGCAGAAGAAAAAGGAAUAAAUGAACAAGGGGAUUACAAAUCAUGGAAUCUGGAUUCAGAGGCUCCUAUAUUUGAACAUUUGUGUUCUAGGGAAGAAGAGGAAAGUCCAAGUUCUCCAGUGAUGCAUCCCAAAGUGAGACACGAUGCAAAAAUAAGCAACCAAGAAACAAGCAGAAUGCCUCCAAAUGUCCUCGGGGAAGCCUUACAGCAGAUGCCUCUGCUAAAUGCUCUGCUCGUUGAACUGUCGCAGCUAAAUGGCAACCAGCCCUUGAGUGUUCAUCCUAGUCUAGCUUGGAUUUACAGGCCUGCUUCUACAGAGCCUUCAGCUGGAAAGACACCACAAAAGGUGCAAACCAGACAGGAAACAUUUCCCCAUCUAAGACACACUCAUUCCCCCAGAAACUGCUCUACAACUAUAGUUAGCCCAGGUUCUGUAAAAAUGAGGGACAAAAAAGAAGAGAUGUUGAUUGAGAGUAAAAGCUCAUGUAAAUCUCCCAGGAAGAAGCUUGUGUAUGGGACAACUAAAACAUUUAAUUUAAGGCUGAAGCAAAAUUUUCCUCUCAGAGUGAACCGUCGUGAAUGCGUGGAGUUGAAGCAGAAUGAAAUGCAGUUAAACAAAAAGGCAAAGUUAGGUCAUAAAAUCAUUAGGUCUGGAAAAAGAAAGUCAAUAAUAAAGCAGAGCUCUGACCUCAAUGAAAAUAUUGAGACAGUGAUGCAGAGCAUCACCCAGGACUCAGCACUACAGAAAACAGUCACGCUAAAACAGAAAAAACAACAUGGGGAAGUUGAGGGUAAACAAUGCAGAGACUUUCAGAGAACUUCAGAAAAGUCUCUCCUUUCUGAAAGAGACUCGAAAUGUAUUCACAUCCCCAGCUUGGAUACUGACAGUGUUCCUCAAAGCAAAGACAAGAGCAAGCAUCACAGCGAAUCAGAUCAAUCACUGCCUGAAUCUGACAGGCAUGGAGAUAAAACUGAAUCUUCAAGAAGCAGCAGACGCAGCAGCUCAAAGUCUUCAUUUUCAGACUCCAGCGGGGAUGGAAAUGAGAAGGCAGACUAUGCUGAUGACUUUAACAGUCUUGAACCCAGUGAUGCCUACUCUCCUGACCCGCUGAGCAGCCCUGAGCCCUCCAGAGCCAAGACUCCAAAGUCUCCUGUUCGCUCCAACUUUUGCAACUCUGACUCAGAAUCAGAAAGCAUCCAGAGGAGAUCAGCAGUCCUUCCUGUGCCCAUCAAAGCCCCCAGCUCUCCACAGCAUACUCUGAGGGGUACGCACAUCAUCCGACCUCGAACCCAAACCUCGGCCCUCAGCUUUUCCUCUGAUGAGUGUGACAGAGACAGGUCAGCCUCCCUGCAAAGUAGAAAGCAAAUGUCAGGGAGUAGCAGAGUGGAAGUGACCUCUGGCACUGAGAGUUUAAUGUCAUCGAGAGGUCAAAUGAGUGUGUUGGCCAGAAACAGCAUCCCUGUUCGAGGAUUGUCUGCAGACUCCGUAUCCUCCUUUGAACCUCAGGAGAUAGAGGAACUGGAGGAUGAGCUGGGAUCUUUGGAUUUCAGGAAAGAGUAUCAGCAUAUCUCUGAGCUUGUGGCUAACAGACUCCCUGGGUACACUAUGUAAAAAAAAAAGAAAAAAAGAAAAUGCAUAUGCAAACUCUGGUAACAUCAACUAUUUUGUUUUCAAAGGAGAUGAGUUCUAGUAAUGUAUGUAUGCUUUAGCAAAGGAGUCAACUUGUGUAUGUUUUCCUUAAUGGAUGCAAAUGUUCUUAAAUAAAGACCUUUUUGGGAA